UCCUCGCUGACCUGCCCGCAGUGCCACCGCAGCGCCUCCCUGGACCACCGCGGCCUCCGCGGCUUCCAGCGCAACCGGCUGCUGGAGGCCAUCGUGCAGCGCUACCAGCAGAGCCGGGCCGCCGCCUCGGCCGCCGCCAAGUGCCAGCUGUGCGACCGCAGCCCCCCGGAGGCCGCCGCCGUCAUGUGCGAGCAGUGCGAGGUGCUCUACUGCGCCGCUUGCCAGGUCAAG